AGGGCCUAGACCUAUAAAGAGUCCAAUCGUCCAAAGAUCAUCCACAUGACUCUUGCAAGUUUUCAUGAGUUUCCAAAUUUCUAAUUUUAUGGAGUGUGCAAUAAACUGUGGUAAUCUACAUGUAUAUGCAGCUGGAACUUUUACUUUAAUGGCCUUAAUAGAAUAGAGACUCUUUUGAUUUUCUGCCGCAUAUGAUCUCAAGGAAAUUAUCAGAAGGUGCCAGAGGUCAGCCGGUCACAAACCAGAGGAUAUACUGUUAUGACAAUCUCAGUGCACUGCGCCGGGCAGAAUAUUCGACAGACAUUUAGUUUUGAGAUAAAGAUGCACGUUCUGGUGACAAUAGUCUCGUUGCUUUUCGUCGCCGUUACUCAAGGGCAAAAAUCAUCGUGCACCCAGGACGGCCCUUGCAAAUGCACCUUCUCUGAUGGUACCAUAGAUCUGACGCCAUUGACGCCAAGUGGUACCGCCCCGAAAUGGAAAGACAUAGCGCCGACUGGUGGUGGUGAUUACGUCUACUCGUUCAACCCGUGUAAGGAUUUCACCGAGACCGAUCCCUCAGCGAUUGUUGAUGACUGCAAAGGAGUGGCGUCUUGCCAAAAGGGGAACUACUUCUCAGCCUACUACAGCUGCGGUAGGCAAAGCAGUGCAACAUUCAUUGAAGCUGGUGGGAAAAUCAAACUUCAAUUCAAGGAGACCACCACCACGCCAGAAAGGCAUACGGAAGUAACGUUAGUAUGCUCUACCUCGGAGAGCUUUGUGGUAAACGGAGAAAAAUCGGGUUCAAGUCCGCCGUUAUUUGAGUACACCUUGUCUUCGCCGCAUGCCUGCAAGGGUGGUGGUGGUGGCGGUGGGGGAUCUGGAGCGAUUAGCGUGGGGACUGUCUUAUGUAUUGUCCUGCUAGUGGUUAUUCUUGUCUAUGUCAUCGGUGGUGUGACCUUCAUGGCUGCAGUGAAGAAGGUUCGAGGUCCUGAGAUGAUUCCGAAUGUCUCCUUCUGGAAAGCUCUGCCGGGUUACGUAAGGGAUGGUUGCUGCUUCUCAGUAUCUCCCAUCACGAAAAAAUCGGACUACGGGAAGAUUUAGAAUUUGGUCUUUGGUGUACGCAAGACAUCGCCAACACAAGCAUUCACCACAACUUGUCAACAUCAAUGAUGUUUAUAUUCGACGGAUCAAAAAUAUUAUAAAUUUUUGAUACGAUGUAUUAGGGAGGGAUUAAAUUGGUAUAUUCGAAAGUUGUC